AAGGGCGUUAAAAACGGUAAACCAAACAAUCUCUCGGACCCAAAACGUGCAAUACCUCCCUGGGCUACGGGUGGGGACGACCCAUACCUCAGUCCUAUCACCAAUGGUAACAGCAAUGGCUAUCAUUAUCAUCAACAACCGGUGACCACCGCCGCCGCCAACGGUUCCCGAACUCAUCACUUGACCAAUGAGGACGUCAUACGACCCACGAAGCCAUACAAUAGCCGACAAUUGUCGCAUCAGUCGUCGGCGGCCGUAUCGCCACCCCCUCCGCCUCCACCGCCGCCACCGCCGACUCACGGUUUUGAUUACGAAUUCGACAUAACGAGUGCCAAUUGUAAGUCGAUUCGGACUAAUGUUAGCGAUAGUGCCAACUAUUCCGACGAAGACGAGGAGGAAGAGAUCAAGGUCAUAAUUCGGCCGCAAUUACCGCCGCUGAAGAGGGAACAGCUGUCUGAAGCGCGUCGCGAGCGGAUCCUAUUGUCCGAAGAUCUGUUCAAUUUGCGGCCAUUCGGUGCCAAAACACACCUCAACCACAAUCACAACCAUAACACCAAGUCUGGCCACUGUUGGACACCAUUGCACGACUUGAGCACAUCCGACGACGAAGACGACGACGGAAUCAACUCUGGGAACCAUUCCGACGAAAGUAUCCAAAAGUGCGACAAACCAUUGAAUAAUAACUGUUACGACACGAGAUUUACCUUAAAGAAUCAGCUCAGAACUUUAGUCCAAAAUAAACAAUUUAAACAAACACACAAUCACCUUUUCCCCUAUUAAUUAAUGCCAG